UUGAUGGUGGAUAAUUUAUGAGUAGCAUUUAAACAAUCGAUACUGUCGAUUGAUAUGAAUAUAUAUUGUGAAAAGACAUUUCAGAUUUGAAUAUGUUGCUAUUUAAUAUUUGAUAUCUUUACAUUAGUCUAAUAUCUGUGUUUAUUUCACUUACUUUCGAUUUGUGUUUCUUUUUAGUGACCUAUUACUAAUAGAGGAUGUCGACAUAUUUACAUAAGAGCACAGUGCCUACGGAAAAAAUGACAGAAUACGACAAAACUGAUAAUGGAUUUACUAUAACAGUGGUAAGACUUCCCACGACUCUAUCCCCAAUGGACACUGGGUUUGCCAUAUUACGUCUCAUCGCUUUAUUCGCAGACAACGUAAUUUACUAUAGAAGGGAUGGUUGCAAAAUGGAAGUGUAUUUUUUACCGGAUGUUCCUGGUAUGAUCAGGCAAAUGAAGGAACGUGGACUUUUGAAACGAAUUGAUAUUUUUAAAAUUUUGAUGUCAAACGAGGUGAUCGUAUGGGAUGAAUGUGGAGGCAAAUACUUAAUUGCACAUAAAUCAAUUGAUAAUUAUCAAAAUUUCGAACGUCUUCACAAAUAUAUACAGAAUUCAAAUCGCAGAUACGUAAGCUAUAUGGAGUUGGAAGAAUUGCAUGAAACGAAUUACAAAGAGAGGCCUAUAAUCUCCGUACAGAAGAAAGUACUUCAAACUGCAGAGUUAUACCCACUCGACUCGUCUCAAUACGCUCUUAUUAAAUUUGAGAGCAUUAAUCCAGAAACACUGAAUGACCAGAAAGCUGCCAUAGUCACAUCAGGUUCGAGUUCAAAAAACAGGAAUGAUACACUUAGGCAGGUAUGCACUACACCAGACAACUCCUCACACUCUGGUGCGUGUUUCAUUGAUUUUGAAACUAACAACGUCGCGAGCCUUCAUUCAGCGGAAACUAGUUCUAACGAAGCUGUUCCUGCUGACCAAUAUGUUCAUACUUCAUCGCUUCCAGCGGUACGAAAACCUCCCAGGUAUCAAAAAUACAGCACAGAAUCAAGUAGGUUUCAGACAUAUUCCGGAUGGCCGCACACAACCCCGACUGUUGAGGAAUGUGUAUUUGCUGGUUUCUUUUAUACAGGUGACAAUGACCUUAUCAGAUGCUAUCAAUGCGGAAUAGGCCUUAAAGACUUCAGUCCUAUGGACAAUCCCAUGGUUGAACACAUCAAACAUGUACCGACGUGUCCCUAUCUGGAAUCGAUAUUUGGAAAAGACGGUCUCAAACUGCAACAGGUAAACGCACAAAUACAUAAAAUUGAUCCAGAAAAUGUUCGUCGACGCCAGUAUGAAGAAUUUUUAAGCCAUGGAGGAACAAAUGACGGAAACCAAAUAAUCAGAAGUCCUCAAUUUAAUACGUUUGAGUUCCGAAUUAGGACGUUCGAAAACGUAAACUUCCGCUGCAUAAAAACACCUGAUCAACUGGCUGAAGCAGGUCUUUACUAUACAGGUGUUGGUGACGAGGUUCGGUGUUUUUCUUGUCAUGGAGGACUGCAGAACUGGGAAGAACAAGACGACCCAUGGGCAGAACACUGCAAAUGGUUCCCGUCAUGUGCAUUCGCAAGGGAAAUGAAAGGGGAAUCAUUCAUUGAACGAAUUCAACAGAAUAUGAAUGCUUCAACUGCAAUGCUGAAUUCUGCCAGUUAUACACAAAGAAGCCAUCACAGCGACACUCAACAGCUUGAUUUCAAUCUCGAUACACUGAGGACCACGUGCUUAGAGGAUAUGGGAUUUAACAUCGAGGCCUUUGAUAAUGCCGUUCAUCGCCUGAGACGUAAUGGUAACACCUAUCCUAACAUUGAGGAUAUUGUAACUGAAAUAGGCAUACUUGAACAGGAAGACAAAGAAGCUACUUCCAAACAGGUUCAAGAUGCUGCUUCCACAGACGUGUAUGAAGAAAAUAAACGAUUGAAGAGUACUCUGAUAUGCAAAAACUGUAAAGUCAACAAUUCAAACGCCCUUUUUCUACCAUGUGCCCAUCACGUGAUGUGUUUUGACUGUUCGCAUGAUGUCAAAAGAUGUCCGCUCUGCAACAGAGGUGUCAAUGAUAUUGUCAGGACCUACAUAGGAUCGGUUACGAACCAUACGGGGCUCUACCCGCUCAUUAGGACUGUCGCCCUUGACGAUACACAGAAAUCGCAGUCAUCGAAAGAUUCCCGGCCGAAAGCAGUAAAUGGUUUUGUUUUCUUCACUCACUUUCGAUUUGCACUUCGUUCAGUGACCGUUUUACAUAAGAGCACAACGACUUUGGUAAAAAUGACAGAAUAUCUUAAAACUGAUAAUGGAUUUACUAUUACAGUGGUAAGACUUCAAUUAUCCACAGUGGAACCUCGGUUUGCCAUAUUACGUCUAGCGGCUUUAUUCGCAGAUAGCUUCAUGUACGUUAGAAGUGAUGGCUGCCAUAUGGAAGUGUAUUUAUUACCGGAUGUCCCUGAUAUGGUCAGUCAAAUGAAGGAAAACGGACUUUUGAAGCGAAACGAUAUCUUCACAAGUACGAUGUCAAAAGAGCUGGUCGUAUGUGGUGAAUACGAAGGCAAAUACAUAACUGCACAUAAAUCAAUCGAUAAUUCUAAAAAAUUCGAACGGCUCUAUAAAUACGUAAACAAUUGCAAACACAGAUACGUAAGCUAUAUGGAGUUGGAAGAACUGCAUGAAACGAAAUACAAAGAAAGUCCUGUCAUCUCAGUUAAGACGAAAGUACUAGUAAUACAAAAUGUAGAGGUAUACCCAUUGGACUCCUCUAGAUACGCCUUCAAUACAAAUGGAAAUAUAAAUCAAGAAACACUGAAUGCACAGAAAGCCGCAAUAGUACCAUCAUUUUCGAGUUCAUUAAACAGGACUGAUACAACCAUGCAGUUAUGUCCUUCACCAGGCACCUUCUCAAACUCUGGCGCGUGUUCCAGGGUUCCUUCAGAUAACCACAUUGCGAGCCUUCAGUCAGCACAAAUUUGUUCAAACGAAUCCGUUCCUUCUGUCCAAUCUCUACACACGUCAUCGCUUCCAUGGGAACGAAAAAAAGCCAGGUAUCCAAAAUACAGCACAGAACAAAGUAGGUUUCAAACAUAUACGAGAUGGCCACACACAGACCCUUCUGCUGAAGAAUGUGUAUUUGCUGGUUUCUUUUACACAGGUGACAUGGACCUUAUCAGAUGCUUCCAAUGCGGGAUAGGCCUAAAAGAUUUCAGCCCUAUGGAUAACCCCCUUGAUGAACACGUUAAACAUACUGUCACCUGUUCCUAUCUGGAAGAUAUCUUGGGAGUAGACGGUCUCAAACUGCAACGGGCUGAAAAAAAUGGCAUGGAUCCAGAAAAUGUUCGUCGACGCCAGUAUGAAGAAUUGUUACGCAAUCGAGACGGAAAUCAACUCAUCAAAUCCCCACAAUUCAGUACGCAUGAGUCCCGGAUGAUAACCUUUGCAAACGAAAACUUCUGUUGUAUAAAAACUCCGGAGCAACUGGCUGAAGCAGGUCUAUACUAUACAGGUGUUGGUGAUGAAGUGCGGUGUUUUUCUUGCAACGGAGGACUGCGAAACUGGGAAGAAAAUGACGACCCAUGGACAGAACAUUGCAAAUGGUUUCCCUCAUGUGGAUUUGCAAGGAAAAUUAAAGGGAAAGCAUUCAUUGAAAGAAUUCAGCGCAAUAUGAAUUCCACAUCUGAAAUGCGGGAUGCUGCCAUUAAUGCACAAGGAAGCCUUCAUCGCGACCUUCAACAGCUUGAUUUUAAUCUCGAUACACUAAGAACCACGUGCUUAGAGGACAUGGGAUUUGGCAUCGAAGCCUUUGACAAUGCUCUGUAUCGCCUGAGACUGAAAGGCAACCCCUUUCCUAACAUUGAGGAUAUUGUGAAUGAAAUAGACAAAACUGAAAAGGAGCGUCCAGAAGCAGCUUCAAUGGAAUCUUUCGAAGAAAAUAUGCGUUUGAAGACUAUGCUGAUUUGCCAAAAAUGCAAAGUAAACAAUUCAAACGCGCUUUUUCUACCAUGCGCCCACCACUUGAUGUGUAUGGAAUGUGCACAUAAUGUAAGGAAGUGUCCACUCUGCAACAGAGGAGUCAAUGAUAUUGUCAGGACCUACAUGGGAUAAAUUUGUGGAUGUGGACUACUUUGUAUUGUAAAACGUUAUAUAGCUGUUACCAAAUCAUGCAUGAAUCGAUUUGAAGUUUAAUCGUAAACUUCUAAUAAGAGGUUUAUAUUUUUGCCGGUUUGUAAAUAAAUCUGUUGCUCUAUAGGUGAUUAUGUGUAAACUUGCUAUAUAUAUAUAUAUAUAUAUAUAUAUAUAUAUAUAUAUAUAUAUAUAUAUAUAUAUAUAUAUAUAUAUAUAUAUAUCAAUAUAAAUGAAAUAGAUAAUAUGCAACAAAAGUGCUGUAAUUUUAAUUAUGAUAUGCGUAUUUGUAAUUGGUGAAAUCUCUGUACUUAUAACAAACAAUACCGAAAAGAAACUACACAAUGUACUCUUCAUAUGUGUUAGUACAUCUUUUGUAUUGAUCUAGAAAAUUAUCCAAAAAUAAUAAUCAAGACGUAUAUCUGUAUAAAAUCUUAUACUCUUUAAACCUAAAAGCCACUUAAUGUAACUUAAUUAAUUACAUUGAAAAAAUCGUCAUCUUGUAUAUAUUCAUUAAAAGUGUCAUACUUUGUUUCGUUCUAUACAUAUGUUUUGUAACAAUAACAAAAACAAACAUUAUAUGACUUCGUUUUUCAAUUGCGGUGGGAUUUGCAAUUUUACUUAUUUAUAAAAAUGUGCACAUGCUUUUUCCCAUUUAACAUUUUUAGAUAUAUUGCGUAACAAACGGUUAAAAUUUAACGUAAAUAUACCGAGCAAAGUAAUUAAAUAUUUAUAGCGACAAUUUUCCCAUAAAUACAAAUACAAUUUACUUUGUCAAUCAAAUUUGAUUAGAUUUUCAAUGAUAUAUAUUUUUAUGAAUUUUAACAUGAUUUUCAAUAUUAGAUUAAAAAAAAAUGUUUUAGAUACAUGUAUGUAAUUUCACACUUAACGUUUUUGAAUUUGAAUGUACCUAGUUCAUAAUUUAUCCAACAAUUUAUAUGUAUGAAUGUGUAUUUGUAAAUGUUACUAUUUUAACAAGUGUCUAAACAAGGUUACUAUAAGGUGAUUAUUUUACAUUGUAAACCGUGUCAUUUGAUAUAUGUAUGUUUAACAAAGUUAUUAAUUCUUAAAAGAGCUAUACAUUUCAUAAGUUUUAAGAUUCAAUUUUCACAUUUAACUUUUACCAUCGUAAGCAUAGUUGCAAACAAUUGUCUUCUUUAAGAUUAACAUGGACCACUAAAUAAACGAAAAUGCAAAAUAAUUAAAAAAAAAAACAACGUUAACCUUACUGGUAAUGAUAUAAGCGUUUAUUACGAGGAAUAUGAUUACGUGUGUACCUUCCACUUUGAAUUCUCAAAGGUUUGGCAGCAGCCCUUAGUUUAACAAGAUAUGAUUAUAAACGUUUUGGCUGUAAAUCUAAGUAUGUUUCAUAUUCAAGAGUUGUUUUGAAUAUCCUAUACAUAUCUAAAACAUAACUAUUAUUCACAGCACCAAACCAUUCUUUUUUAAUGUAUUUAUAAUUCUAUAACUGAAUUCGCAUGAAUAAUUCAUUAAUUUUUGCAUGUUUGAACAUAUAUGAACAUCCAUAAUCAUGUAACAUAUUUUAAACAUUCGAUACCCAAUUUUUAUAACAUUUUUCACAAUCAUGUUUCACUUGAGUAUACACCGUUUGUAAGAUAUUAUUUUACUAUUAACAACUUGAAGCAAAUAUUUAACAAUACGAACAUAUCUAUUUACAUGCAGUGGAACUCUACCUAAUUCACCAUAUUCCGUCGCAUCACAUGUGUUGCUUUUAACAUUUAUAAUAACAACCUUUUGCAAAGUUUUUAAUGAAUGCGUGCGCUAUAUUCUAAUUUAUUAAAGCCCUAUAUAUCUGAUGCAUAAUUUAAAAUAGAGCCAACAAAAUAGUACAGGUUUUACGUUCGAUAUGGUACUGGUUGCAUUUACAGAUCAAAAUAAACAUAGCCUUAAGAGAUUUUCCGACUAACUGCUCCUGGUUUAAUAUAAAACUACCAGAAUAAUAAAUAACGGUCCCAGUUUUAAAACCAUAGACGACUAAUAUCGUUUUCCCAGUAUACCUCGAUAUCUCAUCUUGGCGAAUUCUACCUCUUUUGCGAAAAUCCAUUAUUUUUGUUUUGAUAUAAUUAACAGUAUGCCUCCAUGAGAUACAAUAAAAGUACAGAUUGUCUAAAUGAGA